GGCCGCCGCCGCCUCACAAAGGCGCGCAGGGAGGGGAGGCGGCGCGGGCGGCGAGCACUGGCGUCCGUGCGCUAGGCGCGGGCCGCCGGGUCGCCGAGGCCGGGAGACAAAAGGGAAACUGCCUCUGUUGGCGGUGCCUGGUCGGAGUAGGGUGCCUCCUGCCUGGCUCCGCGGUCCUCCUCCUCCCCCCCGCCAUCGGCUGCUGCUCCGCCUCCCUCCCGGCGGACCGUCCCCGCAGUGCUCUGGGACCCGCCAGCCUUCGGGGCGCGCGUCGCUGCUGGUGGUUCGGGCUCUAGCGAUAAUAAAUGAUAGAGGAUACAAUGACUUUGCUGUCUCUGCUGGGUCGCAUCAUGCGCUACUUCUUGCUGAGACCCGAGACGCUCUUCCUGCUGUGCAUCAGCUUGGCGCUGUGGAGUUACUUCUUCCACACGGACGAGGUGAAGACCAUCGUCAAGUCCAGCCGGGACGCCGUGAAGAUGGUGAAGGGCAAGGUCGCAGAGAUCAUGCAGAACGAUCGGCUCGGGGGGCUCGACGUCUUGGAGGCCGAGUUUUCCAAGACCUGGGAGUUCAAGAGCCACAAUGUGGCGGUGUAUUCCAUCCAGGGCCGGAGAGACCACAUGGAGGACCGAUUCGAAGUUCUGACGGACCUAGCCAACAAGACGCACCCGUCCAUCUUCGGGAUCUUCGACGGGCACGGGGGCGAGACUGCAGCUGAAUAUGUAAAAUCUCGACUCCCAGAGGCCCUUAAACAGCAUCUACAGGACUACGAGAAAGACAAAGAAAAUAGUGUUUUGUCCUACCAGACCAUCCUAGAACAACAGAUUCUGUCGAUUGACCGAGAAAUGCUAGAAAAAUUGACUGUAUCCUAUGAUGAAGCAGGUACCACGUGCUUGAUUGCUCUACUCUCAGAUAAAGACCUCACCGUGGCCAACGUGGGUGACUCCCGAGGGGUCCUAUGUGACAAGGACGGGAACGCCAUUCCCUUGUCUCAUGACCACAAGCCUUACCAACUGAAGGAAAGAAAGAGGAUCAAGAGAGCUGGUGGUUUCAUCAGUUUCAAUGGCUCCUGGAGGGUCCAGGGCAUCCUGGCCAUGUCUCGAUCCCUGGGGGAUUAUCCGCUGAAAAAUCUCAACGUGGUCAUCCCAGACCCAGACAUCCUGACCUUCGACCUGGACAAGCUCCAGCCCGAGUUCAUGAUCUUGGCAUCGGAUGGCCUCUGGGAUGCUUUCAGCAAUGAAGAAGCUGUUCGGUUCAUCAAGGAGCGCUUGGAUGAACCUCACUUUGGGGCCAAGAGCAUAGUUUUACAGUCGUUUUACAGAGGCUGCCCUGACAAUAUAACAGUCAUGGUGGUGAAGUUCAGGAAUAGCAGCAAAACAGAAGAGCAGUGAACCCUUCGGGGCUCCGCUGCCGCAGACUAAAGGACUUUCAACACACUGGUCUCUUUUAAUGUCGUGAAGCUGUGCAAGUUACAGUUAGGAUCCCCCAUCCCAGACGUGGGAUGCCCCCUCCCUGGCGGUCUUAGGUCUGUAUCCAGUGACGAUGAAAAGAGGGCCGAUGUUGAGAGGCUGCAAGAUUGUUUUUUCAUGUUUCCCAAUCCUUUCAUCCAACAUUCAAAAUGUACAAAUAUCUAGUCGUAGAGUCACAUGUAUGAAGUGAAUGGCGUAUGUGCCAUGUGUUCUCCCUUUUAAGGUUCUUUUCAAGAUUUCAAGAUCCCUUACAGGGCCCUCCAGGCAUCAGACUUUGGAGCAGUGAGCAGGGCAGGCUGCCCAGAGCUGCAGGAGAUAGGCCCCAGUGUCCCCUGCGCGUCAGGGUGGCAGUUCUCUUACUGAGGGCAGGGCUGCCCUGAGAAGGCUUUGCCCUCCUGAGCCCAGGCUUUCCACUCCACAGAAACCGAUUUGGAGUGGUUUGCUGUUCUGUGGCUGCUCUUGGAAACGGAGGGAAGAAGGGAGGCUGCAGCGGCUACACAGCAGAAGUAACCUUUUCCCUCCUCCCUUUAUUUCUUAAAUAGACUUGUAUACCAUC